AUGUCCACACCUACCGUCAAUGGGGAUCCCAGUUGGGCCAACUCGACCGCAAUGUCGGAGGAGCCAUCUGUGCCAGGAACGUCCAAACAAGGCAGCGCCUGCGAGGCCUGCCACUCCAGGAAAGUCCGAUGUGACAAGAACCUGCAUGAGAGCACUCGCGAAGCUUGCUCCAAUUGCCGUGACGCUGGGAGAGCCUGUCUGCCUCAUGUCAGGAAACGCAGACGACAACCGCUGGUUCACGGCGGAAGAAGCCCACAACAAUCAGCCGCGGGGGAGAAAAAGGUCAGACGGGCAGCAGCAGAUGGCGAGAGGACCUUGACACCGUCCCAGCAAGCCAGCUAUCUCGGUCGUGCCGACUACAUCUCGGCCCAUGCUGAGAUUGACGAGGACGACGCAACUCACUACCAGAGUCCCGGCGGCCCUCGCGCGGGCUCGUGGCACAACUUCGAGGUCAAGAUCCGCCGCAACUUGUCCGUGCUCGAGGUGCCUCAGGGCACGCUUCGGCAGACUCUGCUGAGAAAUUUCUUGCAAAGAUGUCGUCCGUGGAUGCCAUUGGUGAACGAGUUGGACCUCGAAAAGCUCGACUCGAAGAACAAGGACACCUUACUUGUCACGUCCAUGCUUGUGGCGGGGAGCAUCGUCUCGUCCACACCGCAAGCUGCAGAACAAGGACAGAGGUGCUAUCAGCGAGCCAAAGUGCUCUUCUACACGAACGCCGAGCAAGAUCACCUGCAUGCCAUCAUGGCCACCAUCUUCCUGCAGUGGCUGAAUCCAUCCGGGCCGGAGCAUGUGUCCAGUGACAACAGCAGCUUCUGGCUCAGGAUCAGCGUCGCCCUCGCACACCAAUUGGGCCUCCAUCGUGAGCCCGACCCGCGGAUGGCGGAUGCAAAGUUGAGGCGGAGGAUUUGGUGGGCUCUGGUCUCCAGGGACAACCUAAUAGCCGCAAGUCAUGGACGUCCGAGGGCAGUCAACUCCGAAGACUCGAAUGUUCGACCCCUUCGCACGGAUGACUUUGAUGGCGACGACGAGGAUGCCCUCCUCUUCAUGCACUUUGUCCAAAUAACCUCCAUUCUAGGGGAUAUGACCGAGGAGUACCGUCGUGGCACGCUCUCAGAUCGCAAAAAGAUCGACUUUGAAGACGCACUUCGCCGAUGGCUGAAAACUGUACCACCAAGCUUACAACUCUACAAUCCCGAGACGAAAAAACUGAACGACUACAACUUCAAAUCCCGGCAGCUCCACACGAUCUACUUCACCUCACUAAUCAUUCUUUUCCGACAUGACAAGAGAGAUGAGCCUCCCCGACCCGUCUCGCUACUCGCAGCGUCCUUCGUUUCCGGGAUCUUCGAGGAGUAUCUCACGUGGGAAGAUGUCUCGCAUCUCCCAGUGACCUCCAUAUUCUACCUGAUGGUCGCAGCACUCUUGCAACUGUCUUACCAGCGAUUCCCCUCAUUGGCCACACAUCGGACCGAAGAGAUCGAAAUCAUCAGAUCAUCGUUGAACGAGCUCAAGAAGAGGUUUCCUUCUAGCCUCGGCGCUGAGAGAGUGGUGAAUCAGAUGAUGAAGCAUUCCACUUCCCUACCAGAGACGGCGCAGUCCGUCCGGCUCGUUCUUACUCCUGACCAGGAAGAAUUCUUUGCACCCUUUGGCCCCGAGUUGUGUCGGAAAUGGCGGCUGGUGGUCGAGAGUCCACCGACGGGCCACUUGGAGGGAAUUGAAGAUUUCGCUGGGAUGAAUCAAUCUGACAUUGGGGCCGUCCACGCAGGGCAGACAAAUCACCACCGGCAGCCGAGAUCGGAUCCGCCGCAAGAACCACAGACCAUUGUCGCCGUUGAGCCGGCGUGGAAUGGCAGCUCUCCAUUCGCGUUCAGCAUUGACGAUCAAAACCUGUUCUUGGAUCAACUGGGUCUCGACAGCGUUGGGCGCUGGUGGUGGGCGGACUGGAUGCCUGAAGCGGACUUGGAGUUCCUCUCUCAAUCACUUUAA